AUGAAAACGCAACUGGAAACACAGGCGGAACAGCUGCAGCAGCUGCAACAGGAUCUAAAUGAGAGCGAACACCACGAGAGGGCACGGGUCACGAGCCAAAAAGAAGAAGAAGAAGAAGCUCGUCGUUCCACCAGGACGGAUCCUCGGGCGGCUACACCUUUGGACACCCUGGGCUCUGCCGACGACGACCCCAGUAAAGCCAGCAGCAGAAUCGGCGACGGCGGUGACGUGGCCUCCGAUCCCGGCGUGGGGGGUGCAUCGUCGAGCAGCGAGGUCCAGCACAGUUACCAGCUGCGGUCGCGCAUUCCGCGGCCUCCAAACGCCUCGAUGCUGGUCGCGCGUGAAAAGAGGCGAUCGGUGGCCGCUGAGAACGAGAACAACCAGCGGGUGAGCAGCCGCCUGGGCAAGCUGUGGCGUUCUCUCAGCGUCGCCGACAAGGAGCCUCGCCAGCGCAAGGCGGCCGCAGCUGCCGCCGUCCACAGAAGGAAGCAUCUGGGACACGUGUACAAUCCGCGUGAGGCCCAGCGGUGCAAGAGGCAGGUGCGCAGAACCAAGGCGAUUGCCAUAAAGCUCAAGAAUUGUACUUCCGGGGAUGAGCAGGAGCAGCCGAGCAUUUCCACGGCCGUGGCCCACGGUCGAGGCACCCCGGAGUUCCACCACCAUCAACAUCCGCCGCCGCAGCAAUGGAGCAAACGCCAUGCAACCAGCGCUGCCCGGGCCAGCUAUUCGGUCGCUGGUCAGGGAAUGCCGCUCCCUAGGCUGUCGGCUACUCGCACGGCCACGGCGUCGGCUCGCUCGGCUGCGCGGCCCUGCGACGUGCACCGGUUCCCCGGUCCUCUGCCACCAUCAGUGCGAGGAGCCAACAGAGAAAACGCCGUGCCCACCGCUCAGGCAACGGCAGCUCGCGCAUUCCAACAGCCUGAAACGCAGAAUGCCCUAACAACGCUUGAUAAUCAGCUAUGCCCUACGCCCCUGGAUAACGAAGACGACUCGUCUGCGGGCACGUCGUCGUUCGACCAGGGUGGAAUCAGGGACACCCAAGGCUUUGCAGACGGCACCCCAGGCCAAGGUCAGCCGUCUUCGUCGGCUGCUGGCUGCACAGCUGCUUAG